UGCUUAGCAUUAAAGAAUCAAAUGUUGAGUUUAGAGAAUAUUUUCAGUAAAGACACUCUUUGGUCUGAGAACUUUUCCAUCUACAGCGAAAAUUUGUCCAUAUAUUAUAUCAUCUGCAUUUCUCUUUCAGUUCUAUCGGUUGUAUUUACCUGGUAUUUUCAUAAUUUUUAUAUUUUUCAAGGCCUAAAUUGUGCUGACCAAAAAGAAGAUAUGUCAACGGAUGAAGGGAAUAGUGAUAGUAUGAAAGAUAAAGAUAGCAACAUUGAAGUGCGCAAGGAAAUAUUUAGCCAACUUAAAGCAGUCAGGCAGCCAAUAGUACAACAAAUAUCAUCAGGACUGACUGAAGAUCAAUUGAAGGAGGAAAGAGAGGCUGAAGCUCAACAGCUGGCAGAAAUAUUUCAAUUACUACAAAAUCAAGAAGACAAAUUUAAUGUCAGUUCCAUGGAAGAGCUUGAAGAUCAGAUGAAACUCUAUCGUCCUUGAUUCACACACUUCAUUACUUGAUCCACUAAACCACGUGAAAAACCUGCACCGUAAUAGAAAAUUUGUAUAUAAUUUGUCCAGUUUGAAAACAACCAAUCUACUUAAUGAAUAAAUUUGGAAUUGAUCAAGAA